UUCACAGUCGCGAAUUUUCACUCGGACGGCGCGCGUGCGAGGGGAGGACGGGCAACGGGGCUGAGAGGAGUUGCCGGGCGAUAGGAGGAUUCUUCAAGGCUAGCUGUACAAGGCGAUUUGUUAUUACGCCAUAACGCACACUGCCCCCUUAAGCAUAAGCUGUAACACUUACUUGCUGUGUUACUUAGCUAGUAGCCCGGCAACCGAGGAAGGAGGUGUUUGUGAGAGCUAAUUAGCGACCAUUAGCUGUUUGCUAACAUCGCCUGAGACAUUAGCCAUCAGCCUGCAUCCUGACCCGAGCAGCUAGCUGCAUUAGCCGGACCGGCGCGGCUCCUCUUUCCAAACAACACAACCCCUCUCCCUUCACACCGAAACGCUGGAAAUCCGAAAGCGGCCGGAGACGGGCGAAGGGCCGGCGAAGCUGGGGCUGUUAGCGGAGCCGCACAGUGGAGGAGGACCGGCGGAGAGGCACAGCGGCGGGGACGCAGCGGCCGACAUGGAUGGGCUGCCGGUGGAGGUGCGCGGCUCCAACGGGGCCUUCUACAAGGCGUUCAUCAAAGAUGUCCAUGAAGACUCCCUCACGAUAGUUUUUGAGAACAACUGGCAACCAGAGAGACAGCUGCCGUUCAGCGAUGUGAGGUUGCCACCCCCAUCCGACUACCACAAGGACAUCGGCGAGGGCGAGGAAGUAGAGGUGUACUCCCGAGCAAAUGAGCAGGAACCUUGCGGCUGGUGGCUGGCGAGGGUGAGGAUGAUGAAGGGCGAGUUCUAUGUGAUCGAGUAUGCUGCAUGCGAUGCCACAUACAAUGAAAUUGUCACAUCAGAAAGAAUCAGGCCCGUCAACCCCAACAGCCCUUCCACUCGCAACUCCUUCUACAAAACCACCAUUGCUGUGCCCGAGGACCUCCGAGAAAUCUGUUUAACCGACAACAUCCACAAAGACUUCAGGAAAGCAAUCGGAGCCAACUGCGUCUUCUACUGCAAUUCAACACACGAACUGGUUGUACUGUCCACGAACGAUUCCACAGUGAAGCGUGCCUCCCUUCUGAGUGACAUGCACUUCCGCAGCAUUCGUACCAAGCUCAUGCUCAUGUCCCGCAACGAGGAGGCCACCAAACACCUGGAGACAAGUAAACAGCUGGCAUCAGCCUAUCAGGAGGAGGUACGGGUGCGCGAGGAUCUGAUGGGGUUGGCCAUCGGCUCUCACGGUGCCAACAUCCAGCAAGCCCGCAAGGUUCCUGGGGUUACUGCCAUUGAGCUUGAGGAGGAGAGCUGCACCUUCAGGAUCUACGGAGAGACCCCAGAAGCUGUGAAACAGGCUAGAGUAUAUCUGGAGUUUAAAGAAGACUCCUUCCAGGUACCAAGGAAUCUUGUAGGCAAAGUUAUUGGGAAAAGUGGCAAAAUCAUCCAGGAAAUUGUGGACAAGUCUGGUGUGGUACGUGUUCGGAUCGAAGGGGACAAUGACAAAAAGCUGCCCAGAGAGGAGGGUAUGGUUCCCUUCAUCUUUGUAGGAACCAAAGAAAACAUCAGUAAUGCUCAAGCUUUGCUGGAGUACCAUGUCGCCUACCUGCAGGAAGUAGAACAGUUGCGCCUGGAGCGGCUGCAGAUCGAUGAGCAGCUUCGUCAGAUUGGUGUUGGUUACCGUACAGCCCCGAACCGCACUGGUGCACCUGGAGCCAGUGAUCGGGAGAGGGGAUACCAGACUGACGAGAGCAGCAACUCUCUACAGACCUCCCGUACGUACGGCGGACGAGGCCGCGGGCGCAAAUCCAACAAUGCAUACUCUGGUUAUGGAACAAACUCGGAGCUGUCCAAUGCAUCUGAAUCAGAGGAUCUGGCUGAGCGGGAACCCAGGCCCCGGGGAGUAGGUGGUGAGGAGAGGGGCUCCCGGAGAGGAGGCCGCGGUCGAGGAUCCAGCACAGGCAGAGGCCGUGGAGGCCCAGGAUCCCGCAGCUCGAACACAAUUAGCUCAGUGCUAAAGGACCCUGACAGUAACCCCUACUCUCUGCUGGAGGGUGAAGGUGAUGUGGGUGGAGACACUGAUGCCAGCGAGAGCAUGGGCGGCAAUGACCGCCGCAGACGUUCCCGCCGCCGCCGUAAUGACCAGGAGCCCAGUGUGAUUGAUGCUGCCAAUGAGUCAGAUGGCCAGGCAGCUACUAGUGAGAAUGGACUGGAAGAUGAAGGCAAACCCCAGAGGCGAAACAGAAGCCGGCGCCGCCGCAAUCGUGCCACCCGACCUGAGGGAGGCUCUGCCAGUCGUGACCGACAGCCAGUUACCGUGGCCGACUUCAUCUCUCGUGCAGAAUCUCAGAGCCGACAGAACCUUCCCGUGAAGAAAGAGGAAAUGCAGCAUGCCUCCCACCCUAAGGAGAAUGGGACUAGUGUGAAGAAGGAAGAGCAUACCCCGUCCAAGCGUUCUCCUAGCAAUGGUGUGGCAUCAUCCGGGGAGGCUCUGACCCUGGUGAACGGCGUUUCCUAAAUGGAAAUCACGACAUGUCAGCUCACCUCUCAAGACCAUUGUCUAGAGCAAGACACUACAGCGAUCUGUCCCUGCUUGCAUUUACGUAAACCUUUAAACAGACGAGUGAAAAUCGACUAAAAAUCUUGAAUUCAUAUGAGAUUGAGGAGAAAAAAGAUAUUAAAAAAAAAAAGACAAACGCAUCUACUUAAACACUUUAACGGUGUAUGUUUAUCCUAUCUAUCAGUACUUAGUGCAUAUGUUAAAGAAGCUUGCCAAAAAAGAGCUGGUGGAUAUGCUUCGAAAAUCUGACGUAACUGAACACAGGACGUGACUAUAUGUUUUUAUUUUUGGAGAAACGGUUUUCUUUUUGUUUGUUUGUUUGUUGUCGAUGUUUUUUGUUUGUUUUUCUUCACUGGUGUGGGAUUGGUCACAUUCCCAAACAGAUGCAUCUCUGAAACAGUGUUAGAGGCGAGGGGAGGAGCUAGCCAAGAGAUUGAGGGAUGUGUGGGCGGAGCCUCUCAUGUGACUGGCAGUUGAGGCUAAGGUACUCUAGGAUUAAGGUUGUGUGUAGAGGGGAAAAGAAAGGAAAGACAUUGUGCCUUGAAUUUGAAAAAAAAACUUGAGCAUUUUUGUUUUUGUUCGUGGAACAACAGAUACUGUUUCUUAUGCUUUUUUUUUUUUUUUUUUCAA